AUGAUGGAGGUCGUCUGUCAAAUCAUGCCCAUCUCCUACCGCGAUCAAUGCGAGGUGGUCAUCGGCACGUUCAGCAAGACGCUGCUGGACGCCCUCCUGAGCUACGCCACCCCGAAGGCCAUCUGCUCCCUCAUCCGCCUGUGCCAGAGCCAGGAGGGUCCUCCCGUUGACCCCUGCACUCUUGCAGCAUACAGGUGCAGAGACCUGCAAACCUCUCUGAAAUGCGGGACACUGUUCUACUGUCAAAGAUUUGCCUGGAAACCUCUCAGCGACAACAGUCUCUAAAGAGAUCAGGCUGGAAUUGAGCAUGAGUCAGCACGCGUGACUUUGAGCUAGGUGUUGCAGCUUUUAGAACUACAGAUGUUUUCUCAACUCAUGUUUUUUUUCUUUUUUGUCUGCUUUUUUUAAUUUUCUGAUUUGAUAUCUCGAGGCAUUAUUUUCUCUCUCUCUUUCUAAGGAUUUGUUUGUAUUGAAGGAAGUGUGACAUUUUGUCAUUAGGAUUACCAGGACAACCCCCCCCCCAAAAAAAAAAAAAAACAGCAGCACCAGCAUGU